UAACAAGUCCAGCACUGACUCUGCUGUCACACAGAUGCAGCUCCGGGUUCACCUCAAACCAACAAGUUUACUUCUAACGCUCUACCUGGCCUUGGCGCUUUUCCUUUUUACUGUUUCACCCCACAGUGCUGAAUGACCCUGGCCCGAUCUUCUUCCUUUUAGCUGCACUAUCUCUGCUUGAAUUCACCACGCUAUAGGUGCGAUGGCGUGCCAACUUCUCCGCACUUUGGCCCCGGUGGCCAUUCUACAGUACUCGAGGUCCGUUAUGAACAUUGGGCGACUGCUAAAUGUCACCUCACUAGGGACAUGCCACACCAAGAAGACCUGGCCCAAAAGCUUCUCUCCGGAAGAACUGAGGAAGCGCUUGACACCUAUGCAGUACCAUGUUACUCAGGAAAAGGGCACAGAGAGUGCUUUCAGGGGAGAAUAUACAGACCACAAGGAGGAGGGGACAUACAGGUGUGUUGUCUGCGGCGCCCCUCUGUUUAUGUCAGACAAGAAAUUUGAUUCUGGCUCAGGAUGGCCAUCCUUUUUUGAUCUGAUCAAAGAAGAAUCAAUAACACUGACAGAUGAUUUCUCUUAUGGCAUGCACAGAGUGGAGACUAGCUGCAGUCAGUGUGGUGCUCACCUUGGACACCUCUUUGAUGACGGCCCCCAGCCCACUGGGAAGCGCUUCUGCAUAAACUCCGCCUCACUCAACUUUCAGCCAAAAAACGUUGCUCCUGAAGGGGCAGAACCAAGUGGUGCCACAGGCCAAUCGUCAUCUUCUAGUAAGAGUGAGCUUUGAGGGGAAUUUUGGUAGACCAGUCAAGUAUUAGGACGGAUAUCCUUUAGAGUUCACUCCUGGAUGACCAGGUUCAGGUAAAGCCUGAUGCAUUACAGGUGAGCCUAGCAAUAAGACAGGUAUGUCCUCCACCAACCAGAAAGCUAUUUAGUAGCAGUACUUUAAACAGCAUUAUUUCAAUGGCCUUGACUGAUCUGCUCUACUAGUGAGUCACCCAUAAAUAUCCCCCUAUUACAGAGAUGCAUGUUACCUGAAACGGCUCUCCAGGAAAUCUACUGUGUGCUACUGCUUUUACCAUCUAUCAGUGGUUUUGAUAGAGCAAGACUAUGGACCGUGAGAUUUUUCUUCUCAAAAUAUAUAGUGGAACAUUGUUGCUUGGAAAUGAACUAUAUAUGUGUACUUUCACAGAGCGAUGUGUUGUUUUUGAAGUGAUAUUUGAUAUCGGGAGGUCGUGGGUUUAAGGAAAAUGCUAUGCAAAGUGCUCCUGUGAGCGGUAAAAUAAACACCAAGUAGAGAACAAAGCAUUCUUUCAAAUAAAAUGGAACAUAUGACAAAUGUUUAGUCUGAACACAAAUGUAGCUUGAAUUUUAAGGAUGGGUUUUUUUGUCUUCCUGCUUGUAGUGCCUCCUUUUUCUCCUUGCCUUGACUUUUUUUUGGGGGGGGGGUUGAUUUACAGAUGGUGUUGACAGUUGUGAUUAAACAAUUAUUAUUGAGUCCUA